AUGAAUAGCGGGGCCCCAGGGCCGCUGGCCGUGGGGAGAGUGAAAUUCUUCGGCCGGCACCGCGGGGAGGUCAACUCCUCCGCCUUCUCUCCGGAUGGCCAGAGGCUGCUGACAGCCUCUGAGGAUGGCUGUGUUUAUGGCUGGGAGACCCAGAGCGGGCGGCUGCUGUGGAGGCUGACUGGUCAUGCAGGCCCCGUGAAGUUCUGCCGCUUCUCCCCUGAUGGCCGCCUUUUUGCCACCACCUCCCAUGACUGUACCAUCCGGCUGUGGGAUGUAGCAGAAGCUAAGUGUCUGAGUGUCCUCAAAGGUCACCAGCGGAGUGUGGAGACGGUCAGCUUCAGCCCUGACGGAAAGCAGCUGGCAUCGGGUGGCUGGGACAGGCGGGUGAUGCUCUGGGAGGUGCAGUCUGGGCAGAUGCUGCGCCACUUGGGAGGGCACCGAGACUCCAUCCAGAGCAGUGACUUCGCACCCAGCUCAGAAUCCCUGGCCACUGGCUCCUGGGACUCCACUAUCUGCAUCUGGGACCUCCGGAUGGGGACCCCAGUGACUUUCCACCAACAGCUGGAGGGCCACAGUGGCAACAUCAGCUGCCUGUGCUACUCGGCAUCUGGCCUCCUGGCUUCUGGCUCCUGGGAUAAGACUAUCCACAUCUGGAAGCCCUCUACCAGAAGCCUGCUUGUUCAGCUCAAGGGCCAUGUUACCUGGGUGAAGAGCAUCGCUUUCUCCCCUGAUGGGUCACAGCUGGCUAGCGCUGGCUACUCCCACAUGGUCAAAGUCUGGGACUGCAACACAGGAAAAUGCAUUCAGACCCUGAAGGGAGUCCUGGAUGUGGCCCAUGCCUGUGCCUUCACCCCAGAUGGGAAACUCUUAGUGUCUGGAGCUGCUGACCAGGGCCCAUGCAACCUGGCGGAAUGA